GUUUCACCUCAACCUCCAUGUCCUCGCCAAAACGAACAGCGUCGCCGGCGCCCAGCUCGUCUGAGGCCAAGCGCAUCCGCCUCACGGUCAAUCAAGGAGUCACCCCCGUCGACCCUGAAAACGCGGCGGGAAAGCGCAGCGAACUCGAGCCGAUACAGGGCGGCGACAUUGGCAACUUGCCACCCGCACACGUAGGAUCUUCGUCGGAGCCCGCGAGCGCGGUCCCCGCGCGUCUUCUCAAGGCAGAUGGCGAUGGUGAAGGCGUGGACGACAGUGGAGACGUGUCGAUGGCGGAGGGCGCGGACGCCGCUGAUGAGGAGGUCGAAUCCGCGGACGAGAACGACGACGAGGACCCCGCCCAACUUGAAGCCACGCGACUUCGUCUCGAAGAGCAAGCUCGCAAGUACCUCGCCGCCCAGACGCACGAAGUCAUCAUUCCCUCCUACGCGGCGUGGUUCGACAUGUCGAAAAUCCACCCCAUUGAACGGAGGGCGCUCCCCGAGUUCUUCAACUCGCGACACCGGUCCAAGACACCCGCGAUCUAUAAAGACUACCGCGACUUCAUGAUCAACACGUACCGUCUCAGGCCUUCGGAGUACUUGACGGUCACCGCGUGCCGCAGAAACCUGGCGGGAGACGUGUGCGCGAUCAUGCGCGUCCACGCGUUCCUCGAGCAAUGGGGUCUCAUAAACUACCAGAUCGACCCAGACCAGCGACCUGCCGCGCUCGCACCCCCCUUCACUGGCCACUUCCGCGUCAUCCUCGACACUCCCCGUGGUCUUCAGUCUCUCCACCCUGGAACACGGCCAAAGGACCCGAAUGCUCAGGCCGCUGUCAACGGCGCCACGAAGCCCUCCCCCACUCCCGCAUCCCUCGAACUUCGGAACUCGAUAUACCAGACUUCAGCCAAGUCUUCGCGUCCUGUCUCCUCCACUGAGGCCGCGUCUCUUGCAAACGGCGCGAAUGGUAUCUCCGGCGACAACCCCACGACCAUCAAGUACCAGUGCGACACCUGUGGCGUCGACUGCACGUCUGUCAGGUACCAUUCGCUCAAGCAGAAGAACUUUGAGCUCUGUCCGCCCUGCUACCUCGACGGCCGCUUCCCAUCCCACAUGUACAGCGGCGACUUCGUCAAGCUGACAAGUACGACGAGUGCGAACGGCGUGCACCAGGCGGCGGGCGCGGCCGCAGACGACGACUGGACGGACCAGGAGAUUUUGCUCCUGCUUGAAGGCGUCGAGAUGUAUGACGACGACUGGUCGGCCAUCGAAGAACAUGUAGGCACUCGCUCCGCGCAGCAGUGCAUUCGCAAGUUCCUCCAGCUGCCUAUCGAGGAUCCUUAUGUUUCCGCGGAGGGCGACCUCGGCCCCCUUCGCUACGCGCGCGUUCCGUUCGAGCAGGCAGACAACCCUGUCAUGAGCGUGGUUGCGUUCCUCGCGGGCGUCAUCAGUCCCGGCGUCGCAGCGGAGGCCGCGAAGACGGCCCUACACCAGCUCACGGACGGCGACACGAAGGUGGCGCCGGAAGAGGACCAAAAGGAGGGUAUCAAAGCGGACAGCACACCCGAGGAGGGUGAGAAGAAAGACGAAGAGAAGAUGGAAGAGGACAAGCCGAAGGAGGAGGGCGCGGAGAAGUCGGGCGAGGUCGCGCAGAGCACGGACGGCCAGACCGCGCAGGACGACAUGCAGGUCGACGCACAGACCGGGGGCGAGUCGCAGGCGCAGCGCGCGGCCAAGGCCAUCCCGCACUCGAAGGUCGUCCGCGCGGCAGACCUCGCGCUCAAGUCCGCGUCGAAGGCAGCGGGUGCGCUCGCCGACGCGGAGGACCUCCAGAUCCGCUCGACCCUCGCGUCACUCAUCAAGCUCACGCUCACCAAGCUGGAGCUGAAGACUGCGCAGUUCGAGGAACUUGAAGAACUCCUCGAGGACGAGCGGAAGAGCCUCGAGAGCGCGCGGAUGGCUUUGGUCAACGAACGCGUCAACCUGAGGCGGUUGCUCGACAAUGUCAAGAGCGAGCUCGCGAAGCAUGGCGCGACGCCGAAUCCCGGGCUCGCGAACGCUGUUGCGCAAGCCCAAACCGGUCUAGGCGUGAGUGGGCAGGGUACGAAGGUGAAUGAAGUGCAAGGUGGCGCUCCUGCGGACGGUGACCAGGGCCCGGUGAGCGGCGGGAACAUCGCGCAGUUGAGCUAGUGGUGUGCAGUUGCGGACCGAUAUCUGUUUUUCUACGUCUUUUCGCUGUGAUUAAUGUUCCAUCGUUGCUUCGUACCUACUUUUCGUGUGUAUUUUGCUCCUGAGCCUAUACAUUAUUGUGUUGUAUUC